AUGGAGGGUGCAAUCAUCAGCUUGACCGAGGGCGCCGUGCGAGGCCUCCUAUGCAAGCUCGGCGGCCUCCUCGCGCAGGAGAGCUGGCCGGUGCAGCGCCUCCACGGCGAGGUCCAGUACAUCAAGGACGAGCUCGAGAGCAUGACCGCCUUCCUCCGUAGUCUGGCCGAAUCGUCCGACGGCCACGACGACCAGGUCCGGGUCUGGGUGAAGCAGGUGAGGGAGAUCGCCUACGACGCCGAGGACUGCAUCGACGACUACGUCCGCGGCCGCCAGCCGUUCGACAGGGACGGCGGCGCUGUCAUGGCGUCCCUCCGCCGCUUUGUCCGUCUGCUCGCCACGCUAGGAUCAGGCGGUGGUGGUCGCCGUCACCGGCGCAUAGCGGCCCAGCUCCAAGAACUGAAGACUCGCGCCAGGGACGCCGGCGAGCGGCGUUCCAGGUACGGGGUGCUGCCGCCAAAGACGGCGCUCGGGCGUGCCAGCAGCCACGCGUCCAGCUCCGGCGUCUCCGGCCGCCUGGACCCGCGGCUGCACGCCCUCUUCACCGAGGAGGCGCAGCUGGUGGGCAUCGACGGGCCGAGGGACGAGCUCGUGGGCUGGCUGAUGGAGGACGACGCGCGGCUCCGGGUGCUCGCCGUCGUCGGGUUCGGUGGGCUCGGCAAGACCACGCUGGCGAGGAUGGUGUGCGAGAACCCACGGGUGAAGAGCGCUGACUUUCAGUGCUCCCCGUUGCUCAUCGUGUCGCAGACGCUAAACGUCAGGGCGCUGUUCCUGCACAUGCUCAGGGAACUGACCCAGCGGCCGCGCCUGGCUGCCGGCGACGAUACCAUGGAUGAUAGCUUGCACGGGGCGGAGAGCUGGGAAACGGCGCUGCUGGCCAACAAGCUCAAACUUUACCUGCAAGACAAAAGGUGA